GUCACUCGAGUCAAGGAUAGCUUUUACGACACAAUAGUAAACAACGAACACUUUACGGCCGUGAAUAUGGCUUCUGUCUUCAGCGGUGUGCUGCAGUUGACAGAUCUCGACGAUUUUAUUACCCCCUCGCAGGAAUGCGUCAAGCCUGUUAAAGUAGAGAAGAAACAAGGCAAAUCUGUAGCCAAAAUUCAAAUAGAAGAUGAUGGCAGUUACGUCCAAGUCAAUCAGGAUGGUGGAAAGCAGAAACUGGAGAAGGCGAAGAUCACACUGAACGACUGUUUAGCCUGCAGUGGCUGUAUCACCUCAGCCGAAAGCGUCCUCAUCACUCAGCAGAGUCACCAAGAGCUCCUUAAAGUGCUGCUCAACAACAAGUCCAGCGCGACCGAGCAGAAGGUGGUGGUGGUGUCGGUGUCGCCGCAGUCCAGAGCCUCUCUCGCGGCCCGCUUUGACCUCAGCAGUGGCGAGGCGGGCAGGAGGCUUACCUCGUUCUUCAAAGGCCUCGGGGUUCACCACGUGUUUGAAACAAGCUUCAGUCGUACCUUCAGCCUGCUAGAGAGCCAGAGGGAGUUUGUGGAGCGUUUCCAGAGGAAGGAGCAGGACAGCAAGAGUCUGCCCAUGCUGACAUCGGCCUGUCCAGGUUGGAUUUGCUAUGCAGAGAAGACCCACGGGGAGUUUGUUCUUCCUUACAUUAGUACCACUCGCUCUCCCCAGCAGAUGAUGGGUUCCCUAGUUAAAGGCUAUUUUGCUGAACAACAGGGGCUGAGUCCACAGCAGAUCUACCAUGUAGCAGUAAUGCCCUGCUUUGACAAGAAACUGGAGGCCUCGAGGCCGGACUUCUACCUGGACGAAGCUGAGACUCGAGAAGUGGACUGUGUUAUCACAUCUGGAGAGGUUCAGAAAAUGCUGGAGGAGAAAAAUGUGUCCCUCAAUGAUGUGGAACCUGCACCCUUAGACACAUUGUUCAGCAGUGUGAGUGAAGAUGAGUUCCUGAAGCAUUCUGGGAGCGGGUCGGGGGGUUACCUCCAUCACGUCUUCACUUAUGCAGCCAAGCAGUUGUUUGGAGAGGAAGUGAAGGAGCUGACCUAUAAGACCCUGCGGAAUAAAGACUUCCAGGAAGUGACUCUAGAGAAAGACGGAGUUGUCCUGUUGUCCUUUGCUUCCACAUACGGCUUCCGCAACAUCCAGAACCUGGUGCAGAAACUCAAGAGAGGGAAGUCUCCAUACCACUUUGUGGAAGUUAUGGCCUGUCCAGCAGGCUGUUUAAAUGGUGGUGGACAGGUGAAGCCGCUACCCGGUCAGAACCCCAAGGAGCUUCUCCAGAAGGUUGAGGAGCUCUACAUGGCAGAGCGCCCCCUGUCGCCAGAAGAUGACACCCGCGUGGCCGAGCUGUAUCAGUCGUGGCUCCACACUGUUGGGGAGGACAGAGCCAACGAGCUGCUGCACACUCGCUACCACACCGUGGAGAAGAUGACAAACGGACUCACUAUGAAGUGGUGAAGAAAGAUUUUGCCGCAAACCAUCAAUCUGAGAGAAUAUCCGUAAACACGGGUUACUGAACCGUCCAAAUGUGCGAAGUGACUAAGCGUGUCUCUUCGGAGGGAAGUGUUAUGUACGAGCUGGUUUGACGAACAACUUUUUAUGACUGUCCUGACAAAUUGUUCAUCAUUUUUGUGGCAUCUAUUACACUGAAAAUGUUAACUGAAAUCACACACGCAAAAAGAAUCAUUACUUGUUUAUCUAACCUUCUGUAUAUUCACAAAUAAAGACUAUAUUUAAUUGUA